AAGGGAAGAUCAUGCUUCUUCUUUAUCGGAACUACCGUUUUGUGUUUUAUAUGGUGCUAUUUUAGGCUUCCGGAGCCUUCUGGACUUAGUUACCUUGAGAUCGAUACUUUAUUUGAGAAACGGGCGAAAACAGUCAAAUUUCGAGUGUUUCAACGCAACUUG